AUGUCAUCAACUUCCAAACCGACUAUUGUCCUCGUGCAUGGCGCAUUCCACGGCUCGUGGUGCUGGAAAUUCCAGAUCCCCGCGCUGGAGGCUCUUGGCUUCGCGGUGGAGAUGGUAGACCUCCCAUGCGUCAGUGGGACACCGGGUACAACACAGUUUGACGACGCGGCCCACGUACGCUCCGUGGUGGAAUCGCAGAUCUCCAUGGGUAAGCGCGUCGUGGUCCUAGCGCAUUCCUACGGAGGACCGAUUGCCAGCGCGGCCAUCACAGGGCUAUCUGGAAAAGACGUGCUUGGAAUGAUUGCCCUGUGUGCCUAUAUUUUUCCCGGAGGCAUGGAUCAGGGCGCGGCCAUUCGUGAUAUUGGUGGCCUGCCCUACGUGACGUGGGAUGCACCAAGUGAAGGCCUCUUUGUCACCAAAGAUCCGGGCAGCUUGUUCUUCCCUCCCGACACGCCUGCGGACCAAAUCAAUUGGGCGGUGCCACAGCUUCGUCCUCAAAGCAUGGCCGCCAACAUGGGAAUUGUGCCGCCUCAAGCCUGGGAAGACGACUCCUAUACCGGAGGAUUGGGGUAUAUAAGGUGCACAGAUGAUGCCAUUGUGCCCAUAGAACAGCAGGAUGGCAUGCUGGCGGGUGCAGGUGGCCAGAGCAAAUGGGUAAUUCGCACCCUGGAAGGAUCCGGCCAUAGCCCGUACCUCUCACGGCCUGAAGAGGUCGCGGCUGCAGUCAAGGGUAUCGUCGACGAGUUUGAAAAGAGGCUCUGA